AUGAACCAUUUUGAUAGACCCUUGGCAAGCCCUGCUCCAAACAGAAAGAACUCGAAUCACGAGAAAAUCGUGUACAAUCCCUUUGGCUUGAACAAGCUGAAUUCCACUGUACAACACCUGGCUCUGUUUUACUUGAAGGGAGGCCCCGACCAAGGUUGCCGUACUGUGGCGAACCCAGUGGCGAACCCAAAUGACUAUUUACCAGAGGAGCUUCAAGAGGAUCACAUCAACUUCUUGCAAGAUUUUCAGUUCGAGAAUAUCGACCGCACUAUUGGCGAAGGUGGGUCCAGUGACGUGCGAAAAGUCACGCUCUCAUCAAACAAGAAGAAACACUACGCAUUAAAACGGUUGAGUCUCUUCAACAAGGAGCUGGACGAGGAAUUUUACAGACGCGCGGCGAAAGAAUACAUUAUCAGCCACAAACUCUCUAAGCUGCGCCAUUGCGUUUCCACCAUUGCUUUGCUUCGCAUACAAUCACAAGCGACCAUCACCAGGGGUUGGGGUAUGAUAAUGGAGUUUUGCGAGGGUGGCGAUUUGUUCAACACCAUCAUCAAACCAGGAUGGAAAAGAACCCCACUCAAUGAGCGCUAUUGCAUUUUCAAACAAAUCGCACACGGUUUAAAGUUUCUCCACGACAAUGACAUUGUGCAUCGCGAUUUGAAGCCAGAAAACAUUCUUUUGGAUCGCCAUGGCGUUGCAAAGCUUUGCGACUUUGGUGUCAGUGACUUUGGGCAUGAAGAACCUGGGGAUUUUGAGAGCCCGGUGAAGCUUUCCACAGCGUAUGUGGGUUCCCCGCCAUAUUCUCCACCUGAAGUUAUGCAUUUGAAAGAUUGUUCACCAAGUGAAGUCAAAAAAAACGCCUAUGAUCCGUUUAAGAUGGACCACUGGGGAUUGGGUAUGCUUCUCUUCUGUAUUGUGUACUCGGGUGUUCCUUUCCAGCAAUCUAGCACAAGUGAUGUGCAGUUUAGAGACUACAAAUUUAGCAGAGACAGAUACUGUUCGGACAACCCAGGCUUCAAGAACAACACCGACCUCUCCAAGGGACCAGGUUCUGAAUUUAAGUGGGCAGCGCAGUUUCAGUCAUCGGGAGCCGCCAGAGUUGCAUGGAAGCUCUGUGAUCCAUCAACGAUUGCUCGCUAUGACUUGGACUUGUUGUUCCAAGAUCCUUGGUUUCAUGGUCUUGAAAUGUGCCUUUAUGAACAUCCAGACCAGCAAGUUGACCCAUUUGUUCUUCCGUCGGCUUCCAAUUCGCAUCAAAACUCCAGAGCACCCUCUAGGAAAAACACGAUUAUGUCCCACCAGGAGGACAGUGACCAUAGUACGCCUCACACACCUGUGAGAAGUAUGCUUGACUUGGUGGGUGUCCCUGAGAAGGAUCAUGGCAUGUCUUCUGACCAAGAUGCCGUGUCUGUUCACUCAAACUCUUCUUUGAGCGCCAUACCUUUGAACAUUGCGCACGACGAUAAGAUCCCUCGCAAGAAUAGCGGAAUGUCGUUGUACCUGUCGUCAUCAAAUGGGUCUUUUACCAAACCAAACUUGUCUUUGGAGCCCCUCAAAGAAGUUCUCACGCAUAGUGAGACAGGUGUUGAUCAGAAUACGCAAAAGUCAGAAACAUUCGGGGACUCGAGUGAAACGGACGUCAAUGAGGACAUGCGCCAAUUGAAUGGGGAAAAUCCGGAGGAUGCUAGCGCAGCAGAUGCCCACGAACCUAUAAAGGGCCACGCGCUUGUGUUGCCAGACGAAGAGCCUCUUCGAGAGAGUAAGGAUUUACAGCUAGACGCUAAUGGCGUUUGUGAACUCGGCUACAAGAUAAAGAGGCAUCAUCAUUUAGGUGUGAGCAACGCUGUUAUAGGUGGUGGUCUUCAAAGGCGAUAA